AUGAGCUCCUCCAUAUCGCUCGACUUCGACGACAAGCAGGAGUUCGCCGAGUUCGUGGCCGCUAAAGCUCGCGCUAACUGCGUUCACUUGGUCUUGUGCCAUGGAGACGGCAAGGAGUACCGCGAGUAUCUGCUCAAGUGUGUGGGUCGAUGGCCUUCAGGUCAGUUGGGCAAGAUCGACAAAAGUCACGCGGUGGACGUGAGCGACGCCCUCCAGCACACGCAAGACGACGUGAACGAGCGCAUCGGCAGUCUUCGCUUACAGCUCGCGUCGAUCGCCGACGCGCUGUUCUCCGUCAAUGCCCAGUCCAAACCAGGCAGGCGCUUUGCAGCCGUGCAGACGCUGCGAGCGUACGUCGAGGAGCUGCAGCAGGACGAGCAACUCUGGAACAAACUCGAGUCGCCGACCAGGUUCGCGUUGUCGUUCCCGCUCCGCAAGAAGCGGGAGAUGCAGCAGCUUCUUCAUUUACUCGGCCAAGACGUCCGAACGGUUUGGGGUGAUGCAGUGGAGCGCGUGUUCCAGGUGAUGCAAGUCGUCCACCAAGACGCAAAGCUUCGAGACUAUGGUCUGGUUGCAGCCAAUGACUCGCGUGACAAGGCCCGCGAUCGAGCGCUGUCGAAGGCCUUUCGCUCGCUGCUUGAGCACUGGAGCUGCCGCCGGUCGCCUCGCCAACUCACGCUCACUCCGAGCCAGGAUGGAGGUCGGAUCCGCUGCCGAGUUGAAGAGACCGCGUCGAUGCAGUGGCAGAACUCGCAGCGCUGGCCACGCGAGCGACCCGCGCUCGGUGGUGGCUACGCAGCUUCGACGCGAGAGGACUGGUUCUCGUCGCCUCCGAGCUCGCCCGAGAAUUAA